GGGAGAGCGAGGGAGAGCGAGGGAGAGAGAGGGAGAGCGAGGGAGAGUGCGAGCGUGAGCAGAGCCUCCCGUUGCCGGAGGAAGGGAGUGACUGAGGGGCUGGCUAGGGAAGGGACGGGAUGCCUUAGGAGCCUCCCGCUGCAGGACCCCACGACAGGGAGGAGCUCCAGGCAGAGUCCGAGGCUGUGGUAAUGGUUGGGGUGGGCGAGUCCCCUCAAGGGCUCUGAGCGCUCCGGCACCGCCUCUAAGGGAGCUCCAGAAGUUAGCAUCAGUGGGACUUGGAAGCUCUGAUCUCAACAAUUAUGGCUGGCGAUUCUAGGAAUGCUAUGAACCAGGACAUGGAGAUUGGAGUCACUCCCAGGGACCCGAAGAAGAUUCCCAAACAGGCCCGCGAUUACAUCCCCAUCGCCACCGACCGCACUCGCCUGCUAGCGGAAGGCAAGAAGCCCCGCCAGCGCUACAUGGAAAAGAGUGGCAAGUGCAACGUUCACCAUGGCAACGUCCAAGAAACCUACCGAUACCUGAGCGACCUCUUCACCACCCUGGUGGACCUCAAAUGGCGCUUCAACCUGCUGGUCUUCACCAUGGUCUACACCGUCACUUGGCUGUUCUUUGGUUUCAUUUGGUGGCUGAUUGCUUACAUCCGGGGUGAUCUGGACCAUGUUGGUGACCAAGAGUGGAUUCCUUGUGUUGAAAACCUCAGUGGCUUUGUGUCUGCCUUCCUGUUCUCCAUUGAGACUGAAACCACCAUUGGGUAUGGCUUUCGGGUGAUCACAGAGAAGUGUCCAGAGGGAAUCAUACUUCUCUUGGUCCAGGCCAUCCUCGGCUCCAUCGUCAAUGCCUUCAUGGUGGGGUGCAUGUUUGUCAAGAUCAGUCAGCCAAAGAAGAGAGCAGAGACCCUCAUGUUCUCCAACAAUGCGGUCAUCUCCAUGCGGGACGAGAAGCUCUGUCUCAUGUUCCGGGUGGGGGACCUUCGCAACUCCCACAUUGUGGAGGCCUCGAUCCGCGCCAAGCUCAUCAAGUCCCGGCAGACCAAAGAAGGGGAGUUCAUCCCCCUGAACCAGACGGACAUCAACGUGGGCUUCGACACUGGGGAUGACCGUCUCUUCCUGGUGUCUCCACUCAUCAUCUCCCAUGAGAUCAAUGAGAAGAGCCCUUUCUGGGAGAUGUCUCGGGCCCAGCUGGAUCAGGAGGAAUUUGAAGUUGUGGUCAUUCUAGAAGGGAUGGUGGAGGCAACAGGCAUGACUUGCCAAGCACGGAGCUCCUACAUGGAUACCGAGGUGCUCUGGGGCCACCGAUUCACGCCAGUCCUCACACUGGAAAAGGGUUUCUAUGAGGUGGACUACAACACCUUCCACGACACGUAUGAGACCAACACUCCCAGCUGCUGUGCCAAGGAGCUGGCGGAGAUGAAGCGGGAAGGCCGGCUCCUCCAGUACCUUCCGAGCCCUCCCCUGCCGGGGGGCUGUGCUGAAACAGAGCUCGAUACAGAGGCUGAGCAGGAGGGAGAGGAUGAGCCUGAGGGUCUGAGUGGGUCCCGGGAGAACAGGGGCUCUGUGUGAGGAUGGUACUUGCCCCAGGACCUCCCCUCCCUGGCUUCUGAGCACAGCCCCCGCUGCAGAGCCAGUGGAGGAGGGGGUGAAGGAGCUGAG